UUUUCUUUUUAUAAAUUAAACACUCAUCCAAGAACUGUGUGAAGCCACCAGCUAAUUCUACUUGUAGCUUUACUACUACAAAAUGCCGCCUCCACCACUGCCUAUAUAAACCACCACUUCUUUUCCAACCAAAUCAAAAACCACCACCAAAACCCUAAAUGUCGACUAAAGAUUCUUCUGGACCCUUCCAUGGCCACUACACCGUCCUCGACGACAAAGAGUUCCAAGUAAAGGGCCGCACCCUCUUCUUCGUCGUGAUCCUCUUCACCGUCGUCCUCCUCGUCACCGUCUUCUUGCUCUACGCGAGAUGGGUUUGCCGCUACCGCCCCUCCAACUCACCUUUCUCUUCACAAGCGCCGAACGCGCAGCCGCAGAAGCCGCGCGGCCUCGACGCUGCCCUGAUUCGAGGCUUGCCGAUAAUCUUGUACCAGUCCUCCGGCAAUUCGGAGACGGCUGGCUGCGGUGAGUGUUCUAUAUGUCUCGGAGUUUUCGAAGACGGCGAGAAGGUUAAGGUUCUCCCUCAGUGCCGCCAUUGCUAUCACUCUGACUGCGUCGAUACGUGGCUGAGCGCUCAGUCCAGUUGCCCGCUCUGCCGUACUUCUCUCCGGUCAACCUCCGAUGACGCUCUGCAAAUUGUUGUACAGUGACUAAUUGUAUAUUUCAUCGACUUCAAUUUAAUUCUUUAUUAUCUUAGCAUAGUUUAAAUUCUUGUAAUAGUAUCUCUUUUCUGGUAUAAUUAUUGCCAUUUUUCUUGUUUAAA